CUCAGGUGUCUGGCGGUCCCACCCGCUCAGACCCUCCGUUAGACUUUCAGCCCCAGGAGUGCGGGAGCCCAUGCCCCUGUCCCGCAGAGGAAGGGGACCCCGCGGAGGCGGCUCCCGAGUGGCGAACACUAGCCUCCCAAGGGCGCCGGCCCACUCGCCGAGGCGCGCCGUCCGCGGGGCUCCGCCGUCCAGCCAUGCGCAACACCUUACCCGGCAGCGCCAUUCCUCCGAGCAGGUCCCCAAAGGGCCCGAAACGCAGGCUGACUUCCGCUCGGGAAAGUGGCUUCAGGAGCGCGCCGGAGGGGACGCAGGGGACUCGCGGCAGGCUCCUCGUGCUGAGAUGGACUCUAAGCACAGGAUCUGUAGUUGGGAAGAAGUAGUGAUCCCUUAUGCUUCUGACAGUGAUUCAGAAAAUGUGGAUUUGCAGCAGAGCAACUUAGAGGAUAUUAUAAAGAGCCCAAAUAGCCAUGAAUUUACAGGCUCAGGCAUCUCUAGCCUCCCUCUGGAGUCCCUCACAGAUAGGUCCAGACACACGUCCCAUGAGGACCCCUUCAGCGAGGACACCAUUGAGAAGUUGAUCAAAUCCAUCCAGGGGUUUUUUCAUGGUGAGCUAAAGAGUGAACAUGAAAAGCUGACAUUCCUAAGAUCUUUGUCUUCUCUCAGCCAAACUUUACCUGAUGAUGAAACCUCAGAAUCAUUCAUUCACAGCCACAUCACAGACAUUGUACAUAUCAUCUAUGUUGUGGUGAAAGAGGAACCCCUGCACUCUCUCUUCAGCCCUGUGCGCCAGGAGGUCUUUGUCACCAUCGCUAGCCUCAGUUACCAAGAUGUCCACUUACUGUUUGGCUCCGAAGAUCGAGAUGACUUGUUCAGCUUUAUCAUCAAAAGUAUAAUCACUCUGCCCUCUGAAAAGACUCUUACCCAGCUGCAGCAAAUCAUGCCAAGUGGGUCCUACAACUCAGAGUGUCUCUACAGGCAGACGUUCCAGAUGUUCUCUGAGAUGCUCCAGAGUUUGGUGGUAAAAGACCCCUACUUGGAAAAUUUUGACAUUAUUUUUAAGCACCUGGACCCUUGGUUACAGUCAGUUAAAGACCAUGAGCGGGAACGAGCUGCAGCCUGCAUGGCCCAAGUUCUGAAGUGCUUAUAUAGACAUCUCAACGUGAGGUUUCCACUGCGCUUCCAGAGACUUGGACGCCUAGUGGCUCAGAUGGCUCUACUGUGUGCGGACCCACUGAAAGAGGUGGCGGAGGAGGCUGCAGAGGGCACGCACUACCUGCUGCGCAUCACCUUGCGGCUGAAGUAUAUCACUGAGGACAAGAAAAAUCACCGAAGCUUGAGAAGAGCAAUGAAAAAAUGUCAAGAACUCCUAGAAUGCUACAGUAUUCAAUGUUUUUACAGUUGUCCCUUCAGAAUCGGCCAGAUCUUCGAAGUUUUUCUCGAUUCAAAUGAGCUCUGCCAGUUUGUUCUGACUGUAUUGGAUGGCCUCAAAAAUCUGAACCAUCAGUGUACCCAGCAAUCGGCAGGAGAAUUGCUGAUAUCAUUGGUGAAAAAUGCGAAGUCCCGAUUUGAAAAGGUGCCAGAAAUUAUGGGAGUUGUCUGUGCCCAGCUAUCCAGGAUCAGCGAGCCUGAAGUCCGCCAACAAGUCGUAACUACUGUGAGUUUGUUUAUCUCCAUGCCCAAGUACACAGAUACAGUGAUCAGCCACCUUCUUUGUCAUCCAGUACCAUAUGACAGGGACCUGGCUGAAGUGUGGAGAACUCUGAAGGUGGAGCCGCCCAGCGCAACCCUGAUUCUGUCGAGGCUCCUGAGGAAGCUGCAGAAAUGCCAUGACGUGCCCACCCAGGGGAAGAUGGCCUAUGUGGCUGUUUCCGCCACAGAUGCCCUUUAUGAAAUAUUUAUGGGAAACACACUCCCAGAAGCUACAUUUGAACUCUUUCCUCAGCUUCUCGUGACACUGCUCAUCCAGAUUCACCACAGCAUCGACCUCACCAUGUCCGAUGUCGCCAUCCCAACUGGCCUGUAUGCAGAACAGGAAAUGUCUUCCAAGGUCACCCCUCUGUGCUUUGCCAUACAGGCUACAAAGACUCUCCUCUUCAGAACAUUGUGCUUGCAGGAAUUCAGCAUCAUGGAGAAGAAUAAAGGGUGGACCCUCCUGGCAGGAAAAGAUUGCCAUCUUCAGGGAGUGUCUCUCCUGGCCAAUGCAUUGCUGGACAGAAAUCACGUCCUUGCACAGAAGAUCUUGUACUUGUUAGUCCCUCUUCUUAACCGAGGGAAUGAUAAGCAUAAAGUCACAUCUGCAGGGUUUUUUGUGGAGCUUCUCCAGAGUCCAGCGGCUAGGAGACUGCCUGGCAUAUACUCUGUGGAUCGCCUGAAAGACUGGCUACUUCAUGGAAACAACCUGUUUAAAAUGCUUGCCCUCAGGGGACUGUGCUAUCUCAUCAGACACCAGGAGCUGAGAGAAGACAUCAAGAGCCUGAUGCCACGCUUCUUAGACCUGUUAUGUGAAACUGAGGAGAAGAUUGUUUUGUUGGCCAUCCAGACACUCCUGCAGCUUGUUGGGACGAUGGAUUUCUCUACCCUGAGGGCCAUGAUGAGGACACUGUUCUCCUUGUUUGGUGAUACGAGACCUGAUGUUCAUUGUCUCUCCAUGACCCUCUUUGGAGCUUCCAUGAAGUCUGUGAAACACACAGAUAAGAAGGGUGUAGAGAACCAAGUCCUGGACAGCUUGGUCCCGCUGCUUCUGUAUUCUCAGGAUGAAAAUGAUGCCGUAGCAGAGGAGAGCAGGCGAGUCCUAACUAUAUGUGCCCAGUUCCUGAAGUGGAAGCUGCCCCAAGAAGUGUACAGCAAAGACCCCUGGUACACCAGCCCUAGUGAGGUUGAAACAAUCUGCAGGUUCUUUGGAAAAAAGUGCAAGGGGAAAGUUAACAUCCUAGCCCAAGCAUUGAUGUUCUCCAAGGAUGCAAAAGUUCCUAUCAGAAGAGCAGCAGUCUUGUUUAUAGGGCUCCUUUCCAAGCACCUGGAUCGCAGUGAACUCCAGAUGAAGGGCACUAAGUGGAUAGAGGAUGAUCUGAGACAUCUGCUGCAUGACCCUGAGCCCUCUGUGCACAUCGUCACCUCCCAGGCCUUGUUCCAAAUCCAGAAGGCGGGGGCUGAACCAGACCCUGAGCAGACACUUGGCGGGUUGAGGAAGCUCUUGGGUUGUCUUUCUACCUAGAAGCCCAAGGCAAGCCACAUCAGAGAGAAGCAUCCAUUAGGAGACAGAGGACUGCUCUUUACUGAAAUACCUCAGCAGUUUGAGAAAGGCUGAAGAAGUACUUAAUAGCAAUUUUAUUAACAAGUCUGUUUAUUCCAAAUAUCUCCAUU